UCCUCCUUCCCCACCCUUUCGCCUAGUGCCCCUAGGCCGGCCUCCGGGCUCGAACCCACUGCUCUAACAAAUAAUAAAUCCGCGUACAAAUCUACCCCCACUGACCCAGAUCAUCCUCAUCCCCAUCCGCUCCCGCCGCCGAUCCGCGCCACAAUUCACAUCUGACUUCCCCCAAUUUAUCUUGCUUCGAUUCGAUUCUCUUGGUUCGUUCGUAGGGACUAGGGUUGGGAGCCGAUCGCGCGCCGCCGGAGCCGAUCGAUAGGGUUAGGGUUAGAGGGGGAAGGGGCUGAGAUGGAGAAGAAGAAGGCGGCGGUGCCGCUGGUCUGCCACGGCCACUCGCGGCCGGUCGUCGACCUGUUCUACAGCCCCGUCACGCCCGACGGCUACUUCCUCAUCAGCGCCAGCAAGGACUCAAAUCCAAUGCUUCGUAAUGGUGAGACUGGAGAUUGGAUUGGGACUUUUGAAGGUCAUAAAGGUGCUGUUUGGAGCUGUUGCCUUGACACAAAUGCUCUGCGUGCUGCCUCUGGUUCUGCAGACUUUUCAGCUAAAGUAUGGGAUGCACUAACAGGUGAUGAACUACAUUCAUUUGAACACAAGCAUAUAGUCCGUGCAUGUGCCUUUUCUAAGGACACCCACCUGUUGCUUACUGGAGGUAUGGAAAAGAUUUUGCGUGUAUACGAUUUGAACAAACCAGAUGUUGCUCCGAAAGAACUUGACAAAUCACCUGGUUCUGUCCGAACUGUUGCUUGGCUUCAUAAUGACCAAACUAUACUGAGUUCCUGCACUGAUACGGGUGGAGUAAGGUUAUGGGAUGUGAGGAGUGAAAAAAUUGUCCAAACUCUUGAAACCAAGGGACCUGUUACCAGUGCAGAAGUAAGCCAGGAUGGCAGGUUCAUCACCACAGCUGAUGGCUCAAGUGUAAAAUUUUGGGAUGCUAAUCACUUUGGGCUUGUUAAAAGCUAUGAUAUGUCGUUUAUUGUGGAGUCAGCUUCACUUGAACCGAAGUCCGGGAGCAAAUUCAUUGCUGGAGGAGAAGAUAUGUGGGUUCAUGUAUUUGAUUUCCUCACCGGUGAAGAAAUAACCUGUAACAAAGGGCAUCAUGGUCCAGUUCACUGCGUCCGGUUUGCACCUGGUGGCGAAUCAUACGCCUCAGGGUCGGAAGAUGGUACUAUUCGGAUCUGGCAGCUGAGCCCACCUAACGUGGAUGCUGAGGAGGCGGUCGAUACAAAUGGUAAACCCAAGGCUGGAGCAGAGGAGAUUGCGUGUAAGAUCGAAGGCUUCCACAUUGCCAAGGAGGAGAAGGCCGGGGAGUAGGAUUACAUCGUUGGAUGAGAUGCUGUUGUGUUAUCCUCAAAGCUGCUCUUUCCGCCUUGCCUUGCGUCUGUUCGUCAAAGCCGGUGUCCGACUUAAGUGUGGCUGGCUUGUAUGAGUAGUUAACUGCGCCGUGGGAAAAAUCUUGCCCUUCAUCGAGCAACUGCUAGGGAUUUUUUGGUACACCGAGAAUAAGCCAAGAGUAGAACAUUUUGUGGAUGAGGUGUUGAUCAGGAUUAGAUUGAGAUGCCAUUGUGUAUUUUGUGUUGACACAUUUUUGUCCCACCCUUUUAUGUUGACGAUGAUAGACGAAAUGGUGUUGUUUUGGUUGA